AUGAGAAUAGUAUUUUUUGAUAUAUUCAUCCUUCUUUCCGUCCUCUCUUGCAUCGAAUGCGGGAAAUCCUAUGUCAUUCAACCCAACAAAUGGGACUAUCGAGGUCAUGAUAUUGCCUUUGAAGUUUCUCAUUCUCGCGGUGACAGUGAUGUUUCAACGAUACCAUCGAAAAAGACACCCAUAUUGUUGCUCAAUGGAUUUGGUGUGGGAAGCUUUCAUCAACAUAGACUUAUUGCAGAACUAGUCGUCAGCGACAAGGAGGAAAGCAGCAACGUCGACAAUCCGGAUGAUGACAACUAUCAAACAGUGUAUUGUAUCGAUUAUUUGGGACAAGGCUCCAGUUGGCCAAGGGACUGUGCAGAUGGAUUAUCUGAGAAUGAAAAGGGUUUGGCGUAUUGUGCCGAAUUGUGGAUUGACCAGCUGGCAACUUUUAUCGAACAAGUGGUAAUGCCACAGCACCAAGGCAAAAAAGUUCACGUGGUUGGAAAUUCUGUGGGAGGUCACUUGGCGGCCCACUUGGCGUAUCAACGACCCGAUCUAGUGGAAACUAUAUGCCUGCUGAAUCCAACCCCAGUGUGGGGACUGAAUCUUCCAGGUUGGUCAGGACAUCUGCCGCCGCCCAAAGUCCCUAGAGCCAUUGGCAGAUUUCUAUUUGACAAGAUUCGGGAGCUCGGGACGAUUGAGAAAUAUCUGGAUGCGGCAUACACACGAAAAGAUGCUUUUGACGAGACACUGAUGAAUCAAAUUAGAGCAUGCACCCUCGGGGCUGGUGGACAUGCUGCCUUCGCGUCUAUUUUGUGGUCUAAGCCCCUUUUAGUUGCCGGAGAAAAGGACUUUCAAAAGUGUCUCGCGGGGGUUGAUUGUGAUGUGCUCCUUUUGUUCGGUAAGGAUGAUCCGUGGUGCAAACCUGCCUUUGCCAAGAAAAUGCUGCAAGCAUUGAAUUCAAGAAAGAAUGGUAAAGCACAGCGAUAUGUUGAGGUUGAAAACUGUGGACACUGUCCCAACCAUGAGGCUCCACAAGCUGUAGGAAGUGUUGUUACCAAGUGGGUCAACUCAAUGUAUCGAGAUGCCAAAAGUGUUUCGUUGGUCCGAUCGGAAAAGGAAGUUUUUGAUGAAGCGUGGGGGGCCACACCAAUAUCUGAACGGCAAGUGGAGGAUAUCGAGCUUAGUCUAUUGGAUCGAGUAGCUGUAACAUUUGUGUAG